UUGGGGUGUACUGUGAACAGUGGUUUCCUGCGUAUGGUAUUGUCAGUUCUUUCUUUCAUUUUUCUUAAUUCCGAUUUUGUUUUCUUCUGUGUGCUUGCAACACUCCUAAAAACAGCCUUUGAAAUGACACCUUUACAAUUCAAAGAUUCUUUUUGGGGCCCAGAAUUCACCAGUAACACCGGAUAUGAGACUCUUAUCCAGAAGCUAUGUGAUGGGCGACGAGCUUGCAAAGAUAUGGAGGAGCUUUUAAGAAUGAGAGCGAUGGCAGAGGAACGGUACGGCAAGGAAUUGAUUAUUAUCGCACGCAAAACAGGAGGGCAAAGUGAAAUUGGCACUUUGAAGGCAUCGUUUGACCAACUAAAAGCCCAAAUGGAGAACAUAGGAAAUUUGCACAUUCAGCUCUCUGGGAUGUUACGAGAAGAGGUCAAACGAAUGGAGCAGUUUAGAGAACGACAAAAGGAGCAGCGGAAAAAGUUUGAAGGGGUCAUGGAAAAGAUUCAGAAGACUAAAGUGUCAUUAUAUAAGAAAACCAUGGAGUCUAAAAGGACGUAUGAACAGAGAUGUAAAGAGGCUGAUGAAGCUGAACUGGUUGCUGAGAAGCUCAACAGUACAUCCACGGUCACCCCCAAACAAUCUGAAAAGACACAAAACAAAGCAAAACAGUGCAGGGACGCAGCAACAGAUGCAGAGAAACAGUACAUGUCAAACGUAGAGCAGCUGGAUAAGAUUCGUCAGGAAUGGGAGACCACGCACGAGUGCACGUGUGAGGUUUUCCAGCAGCAGGAAGAUGAUCGUAUUAACAUAUUGAGAAAUGCUGUUUGGGUUCAUUGUAACCACUUUUCCAUGCAAUGUGUCAAAGAUGAUGAGUGUUAUGAGGAGGUGAGGAAAGUGCUAGAAAUGUGUGACAUCACGGAAGACAUCAACAGUUUCAUCCAGACGAAAAGCACUGGUACCACUCAUGCAGCCCCCAUUGUGUUUGAAAACUAUUACCAUAGAGAAUCAACAAUGGACAGCAAUGGCAUUGUACGCUUUGGAGGAGGUGUGAUGAAGAGGUGUGUUUUCCACUGCUGGGUCUGUAUGUUCAUGUAUAUUUGCCAUGCUGACAAGACAGAAAACAAUGGAAAAUGUUUUCAAAUCUCUUGCAAGGCAGUUGUGCUGUUGGCUCUAAGACUAAUAAUGAGUUUGUUCAGGCAUCAGCACCCCCAUCAGCUGACAUCUCAGAUGGAGUGUAUGCCUCCAUUCCUGGAUUUCCUCGAGCAACCUCAGAGAGUGUUGGCUCUCAAAGCAGCACAUACCAGGCUCUGUAUGACUAUGUCGCUCAGGGCACUGAUGAGCUCUCCAUCUCUGUGGGGGAAGUGCUGCUCGUGGUGGAACAGGGAGGAGACGGCUGGUGGACGGUGGAGAGGAACGGCCAGACUGGGCUUGUACCAGGCUCCUACUUGGCCAAGAUAUGAAUCAAGCACACACUGGAAAGGCUCUCCAUGUCCUUAAACGCCCUCUAAUAGCAGAGUUAUCAAGGGCACUCCCUAUAAAAGUGUCUCAGAGGAGGAUUUCUGUUUGCUAAAUGCAUUUAAGCAGUAGCACAUCCAUACUGAAAAUCUGUAUGGAACAUAAAAACAGGUUAAUGCGUAUCUUAAAAACUGAUAAUAAUACGUGACUAUCAUUAUUGUCAAGAUAGAGAUUUAUAUUUAUUAUAAAAAUUAUUUAUUGUGAAUGAAGAACAUAAGAAUGUAUAACACAAUGAGUAGCCACUACGGACUUGCCAUGAUUGAGUUCAUGACGAUGCACAGAUUUUGGUGUUCACAUAGAUAUUUAAACAGAAUUACAAAUUUCAGCUUUUUGGAAAGUUAAUCAAUGAAACAAAAGUGAGGUCAUCUAUAAUCUUAAAUAUUAUAUCAUCUAUAAUAGAGCUCUAGGUUGAGCAUUUUGCAUUUAUCACUUGGACUGUAAAAUAAAAGCUGUGUAAUGAUCAUUGACUGAAUGGAAGUUGGGUAAUGGUUUGAACACUGUGGCUGGAAUAGUUUUUGACUCAGGCGGUUGGUUGAGAGAAACUAACCUUAGACCAACAUUUUAAAGUUUAAACAGAAUGAUCGGCUUUGUCUUGUCCUCAUGUAUCAAGUUUCCAAGAGGCCAAGGGAACAAUCCACAAACUUUUCCAAACACUUCUCAGUCACUGUAUUCAACUUACCAUGUUUGAUUUAUCAUAAAUGUUUAGAAAUCGCUGUCAAUUUAAGUCUUUUUUGCUCAACAAUAAAGUUG